AUGGGGCGGACGGCGCUGCUGCUGCUGGCGCUGCUGCGCGGAGGCGGCCACCGCUGCGCCUUCCCGGCCCGGACCCCCGGCCUCCGCCUCCCGCGCCGCCCCUCCGCCCCGGCCUGGCUCUCGCCCGCCUCCCGGGGCCUCCGGGGCGGCAGCAGCAGCCAGGAGCAGGAGGAAGCGCCGCCGCCGCCAGCGAGCCCGGACCCGCCCCCGAGGAGGCUGCUCAGCCGCCCGCAGAGCCUGCCAGGCUCCGGCUCCCGCCACGAGUUCCAAGCCGAGACCCAGAAGCUGCUGGACAUCGUGGCCCGCUCGCUCUACUCGGAGAAGGAGGUCUUUAUCCGGGAGUUGAUCUCGAAUGGCAGCGAUGCUCUGGAAAAACUACGUCACAAGCUGCUGUCUGAAGGGAAGGUCCUGCCAGAACUGGAGAUCCACCUUGAGACAGAUUCUAAGGAAGGAACGCUCACCAUUCAGGACACAGGGAUCGGGAUGACCCGGGAAGAGCUUCUUUCCAAUCUUGGCACCAUCGCUCAGUCUGGCUCCAAGGCAUUUCUGGACCUGUUGGAGAACCAGGUAGAGACCAGCAGCAGAAUCAUCGGCCAGUUUGGAGUGGGCUUCUACUCCACUUUCACGGUGGCUGAUCAGGUGAAGGUUUUCUCACAGUCGGCUGAACCAGGCAGCCCUGGCUACUGCUGGUGUUCGGAUGGUUCUGGGACCUUUGAAAUCUCAGAAGCGUCUGGUGUUCAAGGUGGGACCAAAAUAGUUCUCCACCUCAAAGAGGACUGCAAGGAGUUUGCCAGCGAGGAACAUGUCAAGAAGAUCAUCACAAAAUACAGCAACUUUAUCAGCUUCCCCAUCUACCUCAAUGGGCAACGCAUCAAUACCUUGCAGGCCCUCUGGAUGAUGGAUCCUAAAGACAUUGGGGACUGGCAGCACAAGGAAUUCUACCGUUUCAUUGCCCAGGCGUAUGAUGAGCCACGCUACAUCCUCCAUUACAAGACUGAUGCUCCCCUCAACAUCCGCAGCCUUUUCUAUGUCCCUCAGAUGAAACCUUCCACAUUUGACGUCAGUCGGGAGCUGGGUUCCAGUGUGGCCCUCUACAGCCGCAAGGUCCUGAUCCUGACUAAAGCCACAGACAUCUUGCCCAAGUGGCUGCGCUUCCUAAAAGGAGUUGUGGACAGUGAGGAUAUCCCCUUGAACCUCAGCCGCGAACUGCUUCAAGAGAGUGCCCUCAUCAGGAAGCUGCAAGCCGUCCUGCAGCAGCGGUUGAUCAAGUUCUUUCUGGAGCAGAGCAAGAGGGACCCUGAGAAAUAUGCCAAAUUCUUUGAGGACUAUGGGCUGUUCAUGCGUGAGGGGAUCGUCACGCUUGCUGAGCAGGAGGUCAAGGAGGAUAUCGCUAAGCUGCUACGCUAUGAGUCCUCGGCACUUCCUGCUGGGCAGCUGACCAGCCUCCCAGAAUAUGCCAGCCGGAUGCCGGCUGGGAGCAGGAGCAUCUAUUACUUGUGUGCUCCCAACCGCCACCUGGCUGAACACUCUCCCUACUACGAAGCUAUGAGGAAGAAGGAUGCCGAGGUGCUCUUCUGUUACGAGCAGUUUGACGAACUGACUCUUCUCCACCUCCGGGAGUUUGACAAGAAGAAACUGAUGUCAGUGGAGACAGACAUUGUGGUUGACCACUACAAGGAGGAGAAGUUUGAGGAGAGGCGCCCAGCCAAUGAGUGCCUGAGCUCCCAGGACACAGAAGACCUCCUGGCCUGGAUGAGGAAUGCACUGGGCACACGAGUCACCACCAUCAAGGUGACUCCACGCCUGGACACACACCCAGCCAUGGUCACUGUGCUGGAGAUGGGGGCUGCCCGGCACUUCCUGCGCAUGCAGCAGCUGGCCAAGACUAAUGAGGAGCGGGCCCAGAUCCUGCAACCCACACUAGAGAUCAAUGCGGGGCAUGCUCUGAUCAAAAAGCUCAACCAGCUGCGCACCAGUCAGCCUGACCUGGCCCAGUUGCUGCUUGACCAGAUCUAUGACAACGCCAUGAUUGCGGCAGGACUGAGCGAUGACCCCCGGCCAAUGGUCAGCCGGCUGAACGAGCUCCUUGUCAAAGCCCUGGAGAAGCACUGAGGCAAAGGCCACCCCUGCGUUGGAGCCCAGCUCUAGACUGGAUCCUUGGCAAAGGAGAGCAUGGUCUGGAAGUGCGCCUGAGGAAGCCGGCUCAGCCUGCAAGAGCAUGCGCUGCCGUGCGCACUGACCGAGAUGAAUGGGCUGCUUCUGAGUUCUGCAUAGGAGAAGUGUGUCCUUAAUUAAAAGCUCAUCAGAUUGAC